CUUCUUUUAUUUCUAUCUCCUCAGACGCUCUCGUCAACGCCGCUCUUUUCCCCUCUCUUCGCCAUCGCGAAGUCUGUCACUCUUUCGACAACACCAGCGCCCGAUCACCACACUCCUUCCACCGUCAGGUAACCACGCUCUUUAAGCACCAAAGGAUCGCCGACUCCAGCCUGCCAGCCAGCUUGGAACACCAUCCAACCCCAGCUUCUGGAAAGUGGCAGAGAAAGUAAACACGCACACCAGCUCCGGCAUCCGACGACUUAACGACGACCCGAUCACGAAUUCCACAUCCUUUGCAACCGGAUAGACAAGUACACUCCAGCAAGAUGCAUCUCACCCCGCUCAUCCUGCUUGCCGCUGCCGGCGCAUCGGCCCACCCUUCAGGCCACGCCCACAUGCACCGUCACGUCCAUGAGAAGCGCACCCCCGUUCCUGCCCCGGAGCCCAACCCGGCUGUUGGCGACCUUGUCACUGCCACCGUCAUGGGCAAGGUCGUCCAGUGGACCAACACGUAUGACGGCAAGAGCUCUCCUUUCCUGAUGGGCAGCAACAAGAAGAACAAUGGCGACAAGAAGCCCAAGGCUUCUCCUACCCCGGCCGUCAGCACCGCCUCUGCGCCUGCUGCCCAGAAGACCGACGCUCCAUCUGAUGGCAAGAAGGGCGAUGACAACAAGGGUGGCAAGGGCAAGGGUGCAACGACCAAGGCGCCCUUCUGCAACGGCGCUCCCGCCCUCAUCAAGCGCGCCACUGCGCAGCAAAUCGCCUACACGGGCAACACUGGUGCCAAGGGCAACUGGGGCUGCAACAUCAUGCUCGUCGCCGACUCCAAGACGGCCGACCAGUACCAGUACACUUCAAAGUUCACCAACGUGGACAAGGACGAGCAGACCUGCACAUGCUUCAAUAAGAUUGGCCCUGACGGAAAGAUUGAUGGCUUCUUCCAUGAGGGCGUCAAGUGGACCAUGGCCCCUGGCGACACCCAGUACGUCGCCUACGACUCCAACACCCAGGGUGGUUGCGUCUGCAACUCCGGCAAGUCGCUGCGCAAGACCACGUUCGGUCAAUUCGCCGGCACAUGGCUCGAGUUCGACUUCGAGAACACCUCCAACAAGGGCUGGUCGGGCGCCGACGCCUCCUCGCUCGUCCCCCAGAAGUACAGCAUGCAGGUGGACGGCCUUCAGGUCUGCUCCCAGGGCACCUGCUCCACCAUCUGGCCCGGUGGUCGGGGUGACAACGCCUACCUUGGCGGCAUGGAGGACCUCGACGGCAUCGGCCUGAACAUCCCUCCCGGCAAGUGCCAGCUGGACGUCAAGGUUGGCUACAACAGCUAAAUCUUGUCGCUUCCAUCUGACAUUUAAGCAUAUUGAUACAUCUUAUUACCUAUUCCCCUUUUACACUUCAUCUACCCCGACGACACAUUUGCCUCUCACUCAGCUGGGCGGUGUGUCCGAUAGGCGAUCUUGACAACUGUCCACUCGUUUCUUUUGUCAUUGAUUUUAAGCUAUACAUUUUCGCGAGAUAUGAAUGGCGGCGCUGGUUUUGAUUUUAGGCUUCUGGUUGUAUUUCUGAUCCUUGUAAGGAACUUGGACUUGAUAUCUUCGCAAUACCCAAGUUUUAAGCUCCAAGAAGGGCUCGCGUGGUUGAGUGUUGGAACCCUCUGAUCCGUGCCUAGGCCUUGGUCCAUCCACAGCAAUGUAAUGUUUGUCUUCGCUUUGCAAUAAGAAGUCAAUUGAACCAUUUCACCACUGAUUGUCUGUUGUAUCCGGGACCCCUUGAUUUACCAACUCCCUCCAACACGACCAACAUGACUCCGUUGACAUCAGGCAGAUCACUUCGGCCAAAAACAC